GGAGACUGCCUGACUAUGCAGUACCAAGACAUCUGCUGAAUGUAUAUGAGAAUUACUAUGGGGCUCAGAAUCGGAUGCUUUUUACUGAAGAACUGAAAAAAGUAAAAGGAGUGUUUUUAAUAGUCUGAAUCAUAUGAAUUAUGAAGAAAAAUUUCAUACUUUGCUGCACAUGGACGAAAUAGUACAACUGAUGCAUAUGAGACGUUAUAACCAAGAUAGAGUCUGUUUUAUACCAAAUGGAGAGUUUCUAAUGUUAGAAAUAGAAAAUUUAGCUGAAAGACGACCAUCUAUAGUUAUUGGUGACCGAAUCCAGGCCAGCGAUCCUUUGGGUCAUACAAACGAGAUUUAUGAAGGAAAUGUGACAAAAGUUGGAGCAAAACAUGUUUAUUUAAAAUUCUCGGAACUUUUCCAUCAGAUGUAUAACGGGGAAGAUUAUACAAUUCGAGUUAUACCAGGUCGCGCAUCUUACAAGAGACAGCAUCACGCAGUGUUUCUUAUUUCGAGAAACCUAGGGAGAAAUUGGUUAUUUCCAGCUAAGAUAGAAGAAAAAAAUGCUCAAAUUGAGUUUUGGUACGAACCCUAUCCAAAUAUAGUGAACACCAAUAAUUCAGAGAGUGCAAAUAAAAGAAAUGUCAAGCUACUUGUAAGCUUGGCAAAAGAAAUUAAAAUAAAAAAAGAACUAGAAGAGCUGAAUAAGAAUGUUCUUAAAUUAGAAUG